ACUUCAUCUCAAAAUCGAAGCUCCCUAAAUCGUAGACGCCCUUCCGAAGCAUGGAAUGCCCUCGCAAGAUUACAAUGGUACUCCAAUGACACGACAUCAGUAGGGCUCAUUACUCGCCUACUUCUUCCGUAUCGCGAAUUCCUUGAAACCUUGUGUUCCCGUUACAUCCGCAGAAGGCCACAACAGAACAGUAAACACAUAUCUGGAACCUGCCACUUGCAGCGAGUGAUUGGUCUGACGAGGGUAAAUCACAUUGCGAGUCCUUUGGGUACGGGUAAAUAGUGUCAUAGUGUUGCUCGCUAUCGCUAUCGCUACUAAAAAGUCUGAAACAGUUGGUCGUAGUCCUUGGUGCGCUCUGCGAAUACACACAUCUAAGUGGGAACCGAGGCUUAAGCCCAAGAGGGUGGGACAGUCGAAGCGCGGGGUUCCUCGGGUGGCUCCCCUCCCUUAGCAAUUCGAGCAAGCUACGAUUCCCUCCUGCCACAAAGCGUAAUCCCGAUGGUCAACAAGCCGCGUAUCCCCAACAAUGGAAAUGAGUUUGCCGUUAAACUUGGGACCGGCAUCCGAAUGUCAGAGAGACGAAAGUUUGGCUCCCCGCACGGGAGCGCGCCUUAGAGGAUCGACAUGGGCGCGUCAGCCACCAUCAUCGCUAGAACUUGAUUUCCGACUUGCUUAAAUACCAAAGGAUUUCUCGAUCAAGCAAACCUCCCGACUUUUUCGUUGUCCAGUUCAAAGUUUCACCCGGCUCACCACUUGGCCAAAAAACACUGAAGUGAUACUACAAUAGAAAUCAUGGCUCCUUCAACAUCCGUCAGCCAACUACCCCAGGUAGACGCCUCGGCCGUCACCCACAACAACGGCAAUGGCAACGGCGCCCUCAAGCAGGAAAAGUCCCCGUUCAUGAAGACUACGGCUUUCCCCAGGCCACGAAAGUUCGAUGAUCCGUACCAGGAGCGGCAGUACCUCAAGGAGCGAUUGGCCCUGGGCUUCCGCAUCUUUGCCAAAAACGGGUUCGACGCUGGUGUGGCUGGUCAUAUCACCGUCCGGGACCCCGUUGAGCCGGACUCGUUCUGGCUGAACCCAUUCGGCGUGCCUUGGCCGCUCCUCAAGGCCUCGGAUCUCAUCCGCGUGAAUGCCGAGGGUGAGGUCGUCGAGGGUGGCCCGAUCAAGCUCCUCAACACAGCUGCCUACAUGAUUCACCACGCAGUCCACGAGGCCCGCCCUGACGUAAAAUGCGUGGCUCACUCCCACUCCCUCUACGGCCAGGCCUUCUCGUCCCUGGGCCGCAACCUCGACAACAUCAGCCAGGACACUUGCGCCUUCUACAACGACAUCGUCCUCUACAACUCCUUUGGCGGCAUCGUCCUCGGCAAGGAGGAAGGCCUGCGCAUUGCCGCCGCCCUCGGCGACAAGAAGGCCGCCAUCCUGCAGAACCACGGCCUAAUCACCUGCGGCAAGUCCGUUGAGAGCUGCGUCUACUGGUUCCUGAGUCUCGAGCGCUGCUGUCACCAGCAGCUCCUCGCCGAUGCCGCCGCCGGAGGACGGGGCCACGAGACGGUCAAGAUUGAUCACGAGGACGCCGAGUUUACGUACAACACGAUCGGGACGGAGUCCGCUGGGUGGUUUUCCGGGAAGCCGGCCUUCGAUAUGAUGGAACAUGAGUCGGGGUUCACGUAUAAGAUGUAGGACCUUGUUGCAGCGUCCGUCAGGCCGAUGUUGAGGAUUUUGUCAAUUGAUGUGACAAGAAUGCGGUCAAGAGUGUAUAUCAACUUCAAGUGACCCGCCGACUCGGUUCGCCACACUCUCGGCGAGACGAUGAUGGUAUGCACAUGAGUUUGAAACCCCCACUUCUCCACCAGCGGGUUGAUGUUAUACAAUGAUGGUACACAAGAUAUGAUACAGCUACUCGUCGAGCAAUCCUACAGUCCAGUGAACAAUCCGAUCAACUCCCUGGCCGUUGAUGGCGCUCACGGGGAUCGCGGUACACUUCUCUGUCCAGGCAUUCUCAAUCCCGCUUGGGUGAGGAGUGAUUCCUUGGUUGAUCUGGCCCAGGUACUGGUUCAGCUCCCUGAAAUUCUCCUGUGUCUCGGGAAGGUCGGCUUUGGUGGCGACCACAAACCAAGGUUUGGCCGCAAUGUGCAAGCCGGUUUCCUGCUUAGGUGCCGAGGGAGCAUCCGCCACCAUCAUCGUGCCCCCGAACGGCGUAUGUCCAUGGGCGUCGGAGCUGAGGCCCCAGUCGACACGAGAGUCGAUCUCGCGGGCGCGCUCUUCCUCCUCACGCAUUUGAGCAUAAAGUCCGACCUCGUUCCACAGCGCCUUGAGCGCCGUCACGGCCGGGCCCGCCGAGAGGUCGACGACGAAAGCAAGCACGCCCGCGCGUUCGACGUGGCGCAAAAAUGCGAUGCCAAGACCCCGGUCUAAGUGAGCACCCUCGAUCAGGCCCGGUAUAUCGGCAACCGUGAAGCGGGUUCGUUGCUCGACAAGGACUUCCUCCUCGCGUGGCCCGCCGUGCUUAGAGUCGAUGGCGGGGUAGCGCUUGUAACUCUUGAUAACGGGCCGGCCCUUAUAGUUGUCCAAGACAACUGUGCCAAUGUUCGGCUGCAGCGUCGUGAAGGCCCAGUUGCCCACACGUGUGCGCGAGUUUGUAAGCGCACGGAGCAGCGUGCUCUUGCCAGCAUUAGGCAAUCCAACAAGACCGACAUCAGCAAGUAACUUGAGCUCGAGUUCAAUCUCCAUGGUCACAGCACGCUCGCCUUUGGUGGCGAAGAUGGGUCGUGGGUACUCUCGCGACACAAAGUGAGGGUUGCCAAGGCCGCCUAUGCCGCCAACGGCCAGCAAGAUGGGUUGAGGGGAAGGGCGCGACAGAUCAAGCUGGAUCGGACCGGCCGGCUGGUGAUAGAGACGCGUACGGGUCGGAGCUCGGGGGAGAGAUAUUGUUUUCAGGUCGGACUUUGAAAGCCCGGGGUAAAGAAGGAACUUGUUCCGGUCGGGAUCCUCGGGCUCAUCGAAAUCAUCCUCAACGAUCUUUUUCGUGCUCCUGUUUUCCUCGUCGUCCAAGUCUUCAUCCUCUUCUUUCAGCCCUUCCUCCAAUUCUUUUCUCGCCAACUCUGUCUCGCGCGCCAUUCUCGCACGCUUCUCAGCCUUCCUCUGUGCUUUCAUGGAGCGCUGCAGCAUGGCGUCCUCGGCGACCGGGUCUUCCCUGCUCAACUCGCGCACUACGGUGCCGACCGGUACAGUGAUGAUGACAUCGUCGCCUCGCUGACCUCCUUUUGAGCUGCCCUGGCCGGAUUUUCCUUUCCCAGCCCGAAUGAAGCGCCUCCUGGCUAGCUUGUGCAGAGAGGUUUCGCCGUGUACUGCUUGUAUGUAGAUGUUGCCUCCAUGGCCGCCAUCGCCGCCAUUUGGAGGGCCGUCGGGAAGGUAUGCGUCGCGGAAAAACGAGAUACAACCGUGGCCACCUGGACCAGCAUAGAGGGUCACUGAGGCUUUGUCGGCGAAAAUGGGCAUGGAAUAGUCGUCAGGAGCUGGGUUUAGUCGGCUGGUCUUGGGUUCCUGGGCGACAUUGGUCGAGCUAUAGCGGCGACAUGCGACAGCUCGGGCAGCAAGGCGAGGUGCCGCCGUAUUUCUGCCAACGAACAACGAUGGAUAGAGAAAUGGAAGAAAGAGCGGAUGACUGGCCGAGCAUCUUGCCGCCAUCUUCAUUCUUCGAGUGCGCCGAUUGACGUUGGUUGUUGUUGAAAGGUUGCGACAGUGCCGGACGGAGCGAAGCUCUAGAAUUUAGUUCUGGAACUUUGUCGCCGUUAGGAGCGAUAAGAUACGGUAAUUCA